AUGUAUUCUAUUGACGAACAGGACACGGAUGUUCAACGCGAAUCCACCAGAUCCGAAGGGGACCAGGUGCAAAACCCAAAUCGCUUUGCACCUCUACAAAGUGAUGAUGACUCGUUUGAAGGUAGUGGAAUUCAGGAAUUCGACGAGGUUGAAGUGGUGGCGGUGAAAAAGAAUGCCUCCAAGGCGCCUGAGUCGUCGGAUGA